AUGUUUCCAAGGGACACAGUCUUUGGGGUUUUCCUCAUCUUUCAACUGUGCAUUGGAGUCCCUGGUAACUCAUUCCUCUUCCUGCUGUAUAUGCACACCUUCUUAUUUCAGCAUCAUGUGAAGAAGAUUAUGGAUCCCAUUUUCUCCCUUCUCAUGUUGGCCAACACUUUGACAAUCACAUUCACAUUGAUACCACAUAUCAUGUCAUCCUUUGGAGUAAGAUGGUUUGGGGACAAUGUUGGUUGCAAAGUAGUCUUGUAUACAUACAGAGUGACGCGGGGUGUUUCCCUCUGCACCACCUCUCUCCUGAGUGCCUUUCAAGCCAUCACUGUCAGUCCCAGUAACUCAAAGUGGGCGUGGCUUAAAUGUAAGCUCUCUACAUGGACUUGUCCCUCGUUCCUUUUCUUCUGGAUCUUCAACAUGCUCAUCUACAUACGCAUCAUUGAAACUGUCACUGCCAGGAGCAAUUUCACUCUGGUUGGUCAUGGCUAUGUUGAUGCCUACUGUCAAACCAGGCAGUUUGGGAAUCAGAACUCAGGGACAUAUAUACUGAGUCUGUUGGUGAUUCGAGAUCUGGUGUCCGUGCUCCUCAUGAUAAGCACCAGCCUGUACAUGGUGAAUCUCCUCUACAGACACCACAGGAGAGCCCAGCACCUCCACAGUCCCCACGUCUCCUCCCAGACAUCUCCUGAACACAAAGCCACUCGCACCAUCCUCUUGCUUGUAGGUUGGUUUGUGUUCUUUUAUUUCUCAAACAACUGUCUGACUCUUUAUUUAUUUUAUGCACAUGAGAAAAUUCCAAGCCUGGAGGGGAUUAGCGCAGUUUUAUCAUCAUGCUACCCGACCAUCUGCCCGUUUUUGCUGAUGAAAAAUAAUAAAAUUGUUUCUCAACUUAUUUCAUCCUUUUCCUUGACAAGAAUAACAGGUUCCCAUGGAAUAUUUAAUGGCUUGACUUCCCAAGCUUUAACAGAAGAGAAUCCUUAA